AUGGCUACUGAAAAUAAUUUUGUGCAAGCAGCAAUUCCUCGCUUUGAUGGUCAUUAUGACCAUUGGAGCAUGUUGAUGGAGAAUUUCUUACGGUCAAAAGAGUAUUGGCCAAUUAUUGAGGACGGCAUCGACACUCCGGCGGAAGGCGAAGUUUUGUCGAAUGCUCAAAAGGCAGAGUUGGAAGCAAAAAAGCUGAAAGAUCUGAAAGCGAAGAAUUAUCUCUUUCAGGCAAUUGAUCGUCCCAUCCUGGAAACUAUUCUUUGCAAAGAAACUUCCAAGGAUAUUUGGGAUUCCAUGAAGAAGAAGUAUCAAGGCUCAAGCAGGGUGAAGCGUGCACAGCUUCAAGCUUUGAGAAAGGAUUUUGAAACACUGGAGAUGAAGGAAGGAGAAUCUGUGACAAACUAUUGUGCUAGAACCAUGGAAAUAACCAACAAGAUGCGCUUCCAUGGUGAGAAGAUAGCUGAUGUAGCCAUUGUGGAGAAGAUUUUACGAUCUCUGACAUCAAAAUAUAAUUAUGUUGUCUGCUCAAUUGAAGAAUCAAAGGAUAUAGAUGAACUAUCUCUUGAUGAACUGCAAAGUUCUUUAUUGGUUCAUGAACAGAAUAUGAAUAAAAGUUCUGGAGUGCAGGAGCAAGCGUUGAAGGCUUCUACUAAUACUUAUUCCAACAACUAUAGAGGUAGAGGUAGAGGCCGAGGAAGAGGAGAUCGUGGAGGAAGAGGAAGAGGAGAUCGUGGAGGAAGAGAUUUCAGCAGAAAUUACAAAACCAGCACUGAUCAGUCUCAAGGCAGAGGUCGAGAUCAUGAAAAAUCGAAGGUAGAGUGUUAUAGAUGUCAAAAAUUUGGUCACUAUGCAUCAGAUUGUUACACUAGACUUCCUAAUGACAAAGAAAAAUGUGAAAGUGCCAAUUUGUCGAAAUAA